CGGAGAUGCCGGCGGGGCUGCUGCUUGGGACGGCGCGCAGGGCGGCCCUGGGCCCGCUGGAGCCCGCGCUGGGCGGUUUGAAGGCAAUAUGGGGAAGCGGCCGGCAUUUUUGUUCUACUCUUUCUAAGGAUGUGACUUAUAGGGAACUAAAAACCCUACUGAACUCCAAAGACAUUGUAUUAAUUGAUGUUAGAGAUACAUGGGAAAUUCUUGAGCAUGGAAAAAUACCUGGAUCAAUCAACAUACCAUUGGAUGAGGUAGGUGAAGCUCUACAGAUGACUCCAAGGGACUUCAGAGAGAGGUACCAUAAAGUGAAGCCAUCCAAAUCUGACAGUCUGGUGUUCUCUUGUUUAGCUGGAGUGAGGAGUAAGAAGGCCAUGGACACAGCAAUAUCGCUGGGCUUUAGCAGGGCUCAACACUAUGCUGGAGGAUGGAAGGAAUGGGUAACCUAUGAAAUCUCAGAAAAGAAACAAGAAAAUUAGCACUUGGAAUAACAGACUCUGUGUUCAUAUAUCCAAGGAUAGUGAAUUAAGCAAAAGGAAAAUCCAGUCUUGGCACCAAAGGCUAACAAAUUUUGUAUAACUGCUUGGCAACUGUUUUCCUCCUCUGUGAAAUGAAGAUCCUGCUCCCCUGAACAUUUUCAAAGUCUACUGAGGACAGAUCAUAUGAAUUGCCAUUAAAAUAUACAGGCUCUACAUUUAUUUAUUUUUCAUUAUUCUCUCAUAUAUUACUUUCUGACCACAAUUCCUCCUUCCUCUAUAAUUAAUUUUUAAGCAUUUUGGUAUUCCUAAAGAUCAGGUAGAUUGUAUCACCAAAUUGUGUGUGAUCAUGGGCAUGAGCAAAAACAGUGAAUUAACAAGCAAUUUCAAUUUCAAACAAUGACAAAGCAUUUGGUUUUAGGCUCGUGCUUGUAGUUCCAAUACUCAGGAGGUUGAGGCAGGCAGAUUGCUAUGUGUUUGAGGCCAGCCUGUACUCCACAGACCCUCUUUCAAAAGAAAAGGGAAGAGAAGAGAAGAAAAGAAAAGAAAUGAAAAAAAAAAAAAAGAGAAAAGAAAAAGGAAAGAAUCCGGGGUCUGGAAAAGUCAACUCUAAACAGGAAAACACAUUCACAGCCUCUGAAGACUCAUGUCAAUGUGCGACCAGAAUAGUAAAAAUGCAACUAAUUUUAAAAUAUGGGUUAUGACUUUGGAGAGCAAACUAACCUCAAAGAGGCCAGGAAAUUUUGUAGGCCAGGAAAUGUUCUGUGGCAUGACUGAAAUGUCAGGGGGUGUGUCAAAACCCAUCAAAGCAAAUAUAAAGAUAUGUGUUUUACAAGUAAUAUACCCCAGUGUGGAAACUAAUAAAAACAAGUGUUAUCCAAGCUUGA